AUGGUACCGAAACGAGAUGAGACCUAUGAAGAACCAUUGCACAAAAAAAAACAGGAUAGUAAUCCAUCGUAUUCGUCACUCCCGGAUGAAAUCAUCUUGAACGUUUUCGCGCGCGUAUCAAGAUCGAACUACCCGAGACUCGCCCUAGUAUGCAAGAACUUUCGUUCUCUCAUCCUAUCGAGUGAUCUCAAUGUGACGCGAUUUCACCUUAAAACCCAAGAAAUAUUAGUUCAUGUCUACUUACAGUUUCCGGAUAGUGAUCGUCCAUCCUUGUUCACCCUCUGGAUCAAACCUGGUCAUACCCUAACCAACCAACUCGGGAAGAACGAGAAGCCUACCGGAAAUAUUAGGUUGGUACAAAUACCUUCUUAUUUUUCUUAUACACCAAUGCAAUCCGUUGCGGUUGGUUCAGAAUGGUACGGAAUCAGCCAAGGCGAUACUCCGUCUUCCACCAUAUGGGUCCUUAGUAAGGACAUAUAUGGUUCCUUUUGGCGUAAAGCCUCCAAUAUGACUGUAGCUCGAGAGAAACCCCUUGCAUGUGCCCUCGAUGGGAAACUAUAUGUAAUUGGAGGCUGCACCGCUAAACGAUCGACGAAUUGGGGUGAGGUUUUCGACCCGCGGACUCAAACUUGGGAACCUUUACCUGACCCUCGACCCGAGCAACGCUUUUCUUCAAUUAGAAAAUUAGAGUGCUGGAUAGAUAAAGUAUUGUAUCGUUGUAAUAAACAUAGGUGCUCGUGGUAUAACAGAAAAUGUAAACAAUGGAGAGUGGUCAAAGGUUUCACAAUGAUGAAUUGGGAUGGUAAUAUUGGUAUGAUUGAAGUAGCUAACUACGGUGGGAAACUCUUGAUUUUAUGGGACAAGUCUACGUAUGAUGAUAAGCCUGGAUACAAGGACAUUUGGUGUGCGGUGAUUUCGCUGAAAAGACAUGUUCGACCUGAAAUUGAUGAGGUUGAGGGGAACAUUGAGUGGGCUGACAUAGUCCAUAAGGUUCCCAACUCAUACGUUUUCGUACGUAGUGUACUAAAUGAGGUUUGA